UAUUCCCGAAAUGCCCCUGCAGCACACAGCGCACAUAAAACAUCAAACUACUCACGACAACACUGUUUUCGCCGCGUCCAGCAUCGGGUACCUCUCUCUUCGACCGAAAGCGUCGAAAAUUUUUUCGCAUCGACCGCCGCCAUUAUCGGAUCCUUCAGCAUCAUCAGCAGCAGCUAGAGUGUGAAGCUUCUUCUCGGUUUAUACGCGGACGCCAUUGUUUAUUUUCUGCCCGCUAAGCAGCGACAAAUCCGCCGUUCCGGUUUACGUUUCGUCGCGUAAAUAGUGCGUAAUCGGUGCCUACCGGAGUGCUCAGUGCCGUGGUGAUGAAGUGAUUUGCGUACGGGAACCGCUUGAAGGUAAUUUUCAGUUUUUCGAGUCAGAAGUAGCCAGGAACUUGGGCAACUAAAACGGCGACGACGACGAUAGCAAAGGGGAUUUGAACGGAUUUUGCGUGCUGCUCUUUUUCAUCGGUGGUGCUCUUCUCGCAUUAGUGAUUGGGCGAUGUACGCACGAGCGAGAGGUGGUAGUGUUUUUGAUUCGAUUUUCACUUUGGAAAAGGUACUCUUCUGGUGUUAGUAUUUUUGCGGUAGUGAUGAGCGAGAGGGACAACUGAAAGGAAGAUAGCGUGAUGGUAUGGGUAUGAGUGGAAUGCAAAAUAUCGGUUUUUGCCGGGCGAGUUUCAGUUGUUUUGCUCUAGCAUAUGGAUUGUUCUAAAGGAGUGAGCAGUUCAUAUCGAUGCACAUAAACAUCAAAGUAGCAAACUUCGGUGGAGUGAAAAAACGCAAAGUUUAGCCUGAACAUUCUGCAUCCAAACCCGAGAGGAAUAGCCAGCUAAACGCGGAAUAGAAAGAAGAAAAACUGAUCAGUGUAAGAAAAAAAGUGUUGAAGCAAAUUUUUCAAUGAAAAAUCAAGUGAACGAUAUUUGCAAAGUGCAAACAUUAUUUAUUGGUGACGCGUAGGAACUAGGAACUUCGAAACAGUGCUGUAAUAGAUCGGGAGUGAAAAUUUUCGCAUCUGAGUGGCAUGACAGCCAUAUCGGAAGCGGCUGCUGGCACCGAACUGGUCCCAGCAUCCACCAAGAAUAAUGCCAUCCUUCGGUGGAAGCGCGUAACAAACCCGAGUGGGCCGCAGCCCCGGCCCCGUCAUGGCCAUCGGGCAGUUAACAUCAAGGAGCUAAUGGUGGUCUUUGGUGGUGGCAACGAAGGAAUUGUCGAUGAAUUACAUGUCUACAAUACAGCUACCAACCAAUGGUACGUUCCGGCCACCAAGGGCGACGUUCCGCCGGGAUGUGCCGCGUACGGUUUCGUGGUCGACGGAACCCGCAUCCUGGUGUUCGGCGGUAUGGUCGAGUACGGCAAAUACUCGAACGAGCUGUACGAACUGCAGGCCACCAAGUGGGAAUGGAAGAAGCUGAAGCCCAAACCCCCAGAGUCCGGAUUGCCACCGUGCCGACGGUUAGGACACAGUUUCACACUGGUUGGCGACAAGAUUUAUCUGUUCGGCGGCCUUGCCAACGAAAGUGAUGACCCCAAAAAUAAUAUUCCGAAGUAUCUGAACGAUUUGUACAUCUUGGAGAUCAAGAACAACCAGCUGCAGUGGGAGAUUCCGACGACCUUCGGUGAGAGCCCUCCGCCACGGGAGUCGCACACGGCAGUGUCCUGGUACGACAAGAAACAGAAGAAAUACUGGCUGGUCAUCUACGGCGGUAUGUCCGGAUGUCGGUUGGGCGACCUUUGGCUGCUCGACACGGACACCAUGUCCUGGACCAGACCCAGAACCAGUGGUCCUCUUCCGCUGCCCAGGUCGCUGCACAGCUCGACUCUCAUCGGCAACCGGAUGUACGUCUUCGGUGGAUGGGUCCCGCUCGUCAUGGAAGACGUCAAGGCCGAAAAGCACGAAAAAGAAUGGAAGUGCACCAAUACGCUCGCUUGUCUGAAUCUCGAAACUAUGACCUGGGAAGAGCUGGAUCUGGACACCGAGGAGGACAACAUGCCACGGGCCCGAGCCGGACACUGCGCCGUUGGGAUCCACACGCGGCUGUACAUCUGGUCCGGACGCGAUGGCUACAGGAAGGCCUGGAACAACCAGGUCAGGGUUUGCUGCAAAGAUCUGUGGUACCUGGAGGUGGAACGGCCGACAGCCGCAUCCCGGGUCCAGCUGGUUCGUGCCUCGACCCAUUCGCUCGAACUCUGCUGGCCGUCGGUUCCCUCCGCGGCGUACUACAUUCUGGAAGUGCAGAAAAUACCGCAACCGCCUCCGACACCACCGGCAGCACCGGCACCCACUCCUGUGCCGAGCAUUACACCAACGCCGGCAGCGGCCGCAGCAGCCUCCCCGGCUCAUACGCCGGCGGCUAUCGCUUCUCCGUCGCUUGCGGCCAUUCCGCAACCGUCACCCGUGGCGGCCGUUGCCGCAGGAUCGAUGUCUCCAGCAGCGGCGCAACUUCCGGCAGGACUUACCAGCGGAGAGCCACUUCUGCCGCAACCAAUCAUCAAAACCCUUCCGGGUAGAGCCGUGGCAUCGCCGAUUGCCGUAUCUCCAUCACCCGUGGCCGUUCAUCCAUCGGCAUCGCCGCUGGCUGGCAGUGCCAGUCCCAACAUCCUGCAAACGGCCGCACAAGCCAUCAGCAGUCCGGUUCACAACCCACCCGGUAUGCAGUCGCCAACACCGAUCGCAAUGGCCGCCGUACCAUCCUCCCCGGUGCAUAGCGUUUCUUCACCCCCUGUUCAACGCAUCGUCACCAAGGUUCAAGCGGCCAAGCCGAUGCAACAGCAACAGCCACAACAGAAGCAGGUGCUCACUCCAAGUUCUCCGAUUCUUCAGCAGCAACCCACGCAAAUCAUCCAGACUCAAGUGCAAGCUCAACCGAUGGUGCAACAGCAGCAAGUCACUCAGAUCACCCAACAGCAGCCGCAGACGAUCCGCGUGGUCAGCGGAACGGGUGCCAUUACAAAUGCCCA